AUGGCAGGCACGAAACCAAUAACGAUCACGAUAGAAAAUUUGAAUGAAGAAAGUCGAUUAACAAUCGAAAAAUUUCUCAAAUUCGAACAUAUGAUGAAAUCUUCGCCGCCGGAAUCUAGUCAGCUCAAUCGCCCUCCCUACCAUGAGUUGAAUGCAGCACCGCUGGGCUUAUGCGCAUUUGCCUUGACCACAUUUAUAGCAUCGAUGUAUCUUGCUGGUGCAAGCGUUCCUAUUAAUGCUUCGUUGGGUGUAGUGAUGGGACCUGCUCUAUGCUAUGGCGGACUCAUUCAAUUGUUAGCUGGACUUCUCGAAUUUCGUAAUGGCAACAAUCUACUUGCUUUGAUAUUUUGUUCUUAUGGCGGAUUCUGGCUCAGUUUUGCAGCACUUCAUAUUCUAUCAUUCAACUUUCUUGGCGAUUAUCAUGAUGCCAACGCACUCAAUAAUGCACUUGGUGUAUUUUUUCUUGCAUGGACAAUUUAUACAACACUUAUGCUUAUUUCCGUUCUACGAACGAAUUUUGUUACUAUUUCUCUGUUCGUUUUUCUCGUUAUCUGUUUGAGUCUUCUUACGGCUAGCAAGUUUUUACAAAGUCACUAUAAUUUACAGCGAGCAGCGGGCGCAUUCGGUAUUCUAACUGCAUCGAUUGCCUGGUAUUCAGCUAUCGCACAUUUACUUAGCAAGAAGAAUUGGUUUUUUCAAUUGCCUGUGUUUGAAGUUUCAAGAUUGCGACGACAGAUAAAUAAUGAUAUCGCCAACGAAAUCGCAAAUAAGCAUUCAACAAACGAAUAA